CUUGUUUUCAUAAAUAAGACAGAAGGAGAAAAUAUUUUGAGAGAGGACCCUGUUUGAACUUAUUGCAUUUGUAAAAAAAACAAAAUGGCAGCAGCUCCCUACCCCAACUUUUGGGUGCGUAAAAUGCGAUCUUUCUUCGUCCUCUUUGACAGAGAUCUUGACGGAUUGGUCAACAAGAAAGAUUACGUCGACUGGAUUGCUGGGAGAGUGGGUCAAUUCAUGCCCAAGGAGAAAGCGGAGGCAUACACCCCACUGUGGUCGGCGGCGUGGGACUUCUACUGGGCCGACAAGGCAGUCAAUGACAACGUCAACAUAGAUGAUAUGAUUCAAAUCCAUUCUCGCUAUCUCAGUGAUCCGAACUUCCACGAGUCAGCGGAACAAUGUCUUGCUGCUUUCUUCGACUCUGCGGACGCCAAUAGUGACGGGAUGAUUUCCCUAUCCGAGUACACUGCUUUUCUUGAAUGUUACGGCGUACACCCCCUAUCGGUGACUCCAUCUUUCGAGGCACUGGACACCAAUCAUGAUGGGAUGAUCAGCAAGGAAGAGUUCGUAAAAGCUGGAACGGAUUAUUUCCAAGUAACUGCAGAUACACCCGCUAAACUUUUCUGGGGUCCUUUCCGUGGUUGAGGUUGUGGUCAAGGGUGGAAAUGGCCGACUUCAGUAGAAAGAUGGUGGAUAUACAUCUAUAUCGUCGCAGCAAGUUAUGCAUAUGCCAUAGCAAUUGGACUUUACGUUGA